UCGGCUGCAGUGACGUCACUCGGCAGUUUGCACGGCGGGAAAAAGUUGAAACCGGCAAAGUUGAACCGGCGGAUCGUCUUCCUUCGCUGUUGUCAUAAGAACGCAACACAAUCUACCUGGAACACAAAAACGUGUAUGUAAUGCCUGCAUGCAGAACCAAUCAUUUGUUCACGAGCCUAUCGACCCAAUGGCUCCACCAGUGGGCGAGCUGGAGAGUCCAAGCCAUCCAUAUAUAACUAUUGGCUGUGUUUUUAAUCAUCAGAGCUUCUAUGCUAAUUGUCAGUUUCCACAGCCAAGUGACAGGGUGGAGGAAUGCCACUUUGAUCUGCAGAAUAAAUCUUUGUGGAAGAGCAUGGCCAGUGAGCUGCUAGUAUCAGUGUGCUGCAACCCACUGUGGUCCUCUCCCCUACCGUUAUGUGCAUCCUCCAUUGAUCCUCCAGUGGUGAGCAAUGACCUUGAAGUGCAGUUGCGCAGACUGGUGGCCCAGCAUCGACAGGACCAGGGACUGACAACACAGUGGGAUGACCAGCUGAGUUACAUUUUGACUCCUGCCUUAGCAGCACGUGAGACAGAAAUGGUCACAGGUGUCGCUGAUAAUAAAGAAUACCAGGAUGCUGUACAGCAGGCUAUGCCAGAGGGGCACCAUUUCAAUGCCAAAUGCAUUCACGCCAAUCACACAAAGGCAUGCAAGAUUUUUCAAAAUUGCCUUAUGACAUCUGUGAGUGAAAUCAUCAACUGUAAAGGAGAUCCGAUCCAGCUGGCAGUUCGUGAAAACAAAGACUUACAAGGAAACUCGUGGUAAAUUGAGUGUACAGUCUUGUGUUAAACUAACACUUUGGCUGCUAGAACCUGAUUUGGCCUACAAUGAAUCAGACAAUAUGCAUGGAAUGAAAGCAAUUUUUCUACCUGUAUGUCAGGGAAGUGGGCAGUAGAAAUAUUUUGUUAGUCACACUGCAUUGCCAGUUCGUAUUUGAAUAUAGAUAAGGAUGUGAUCAGUUUGUUUUCAGAUAUAUAUAUAUAGUUCGAGAUUUAUGUUUGUUACGUUUUAGUUUCAGUCGGCAUUAUUCCUCAUUUUUUUUCUGUACAUUUUUUAAAAUUUGAGAUACCUCUUCAGCUUUUUUGUGUUUUUUUUCUAGCUGAUUAUAUCAUGUAUGAUUUUCUGAUGGCUGAUGCAGAAAAUGUACUGACCACAGUGAUUUUCAUUUACAGUGAUUAAAGGGAUGUUAAUUUUUGGAAAAUUUGCCUGAAUUGUUGCAUUGUGAUGGAAGUGAGAAUCGAGAGAUGGCAGGCCAGCUUGCAAGUGAAACAAUCUACAGUUAUGUGGCAAUUCCAUCUAGGUUGUGUUCUUGUACAACUAGCUCACCCCUACAUAGCCAUCAGGCACUGACAUGUUGGCUACAGAAGAUUUGGUCAGACUUUUCUUCCUAAAUCUGAAAAAAAAAACCUGAAAACGUAUUGUUUUGAUUAGACCUACAUUCGUGUUAUUGUCACAAAAGUCGAUAUUCAGGCUUAAAAAAUCUGAUUACUGCCAAGCAUGUAUGUCACCUUUUGUCUUGUGGUAGUCAAUCAAGUGAAGCAUUUUCUCUGUUGUGGUGUUGGCAACAUCCAAUUGAUCAUGAGAAGUGCUAAAAGUAACUACUUCCUUGCCUUUCUUUGGGCAGUAAGAAGCCAGCAUCCCCAUGAUCAUGAAAAGCAGGGUGUAGUAUUUGUUUGCCUCCCUUUUGUUUCUGUAAGUCCUAUACCUUAGCGCCAAAUCAGUCGAUCCGUUCCUCUUUGUUAUUCCAGGGAAGAGGACGGUUGGUUUGUUUGUGUUUAAUGCCGUGCCAGCAACUAUAGGGUAUAUCACGACAACAAGAGUACAUGUAAUUUUAACUUAAGAAAUUUAGGGAUAAAUCUUCUCAAAUCAUAUAAACCAUAACAUUAUUUAAAAGCCAACAUAAUAAGUAAACAAAAUGUAAAAGAAUGGAUGAAGCGUAAAAAGGGUAAA